UAUAUCUAUCACUUGAACAACACAACAGGGUAUCACCGUCUCUGGACCCAUCAAGCCUACAAAUCCUGCCUCCCGCUCCGCAUCGUGCUCGCAGCCCUGGGCGCCGGCGCCCUCCAGCUCCCCCAUCUGCGUCUGGGCCGCCGACCACCGCGCUCACCACCGCUUCACCGACACCGAUCGUGACCCUACAACGCCAAACGCGGUCUCCUCUACACUCACAUUGGCUGGAUCUUCACCUACAACCCCGAGAGGUUUGGCCCUAAGACUGAAGGGGUAGACCUGAGCGACCUCGACCGCGACUCCGUGGUAGUUGGGCAACGGCGCGCCUACUACCCGCUGGCGGGGCUGAUGGGCUUCCUGCUACCGGCAGCCGUGCGGCCGGCACGCUGUGGGGCGACUGGUACGGCGGGUUCCUGUACGCCGGGUGUCUGCGGGUGGUGCUCGUGUGGCAUGUCUCGUACUGCAUCAACUCGCUCGCCCACUGGAUCGGUGAGCAGCCGUACUCAACACUCAAUACCGCACGGAACUGUGCGCUGCUGGCGGUGGUCACCCUCGGCGAGGGGUAUCAUAACUAUCAUCAUGCGUUUCCGGGAGACUACCGACAUGGGGUCCGACGCGGGAAUUUGGACGUUACCAAGUGGUGGAUUUGGGCCUGGGAGCGCAUGGGCCUGGUUUGGGAUGUGAGGAGGUCUACU